GUCACCAUUUGCAAUUGCGAGUGCGGUGUGCGUCAGUGCUUGUGCUGGUGUGUUUUUGUUCUGUACUUUUUCCCUUUUAGGAUGAACAAAUUAACUUGUCUUCAAUAACUUAUAAAGGUUGAAGGAAAACCGGUCGAGACUCGAGAGCAGAGGGAAAAUUCCAGGGUUUCUGUUUCAGAGAAGAGAAGCUCGUUCGUGUUUGGGUUCUGGUGGAUUCGAUUCGAUUCGAUUCGAUUCCAGCUACAAUACAAUGGGGAAAAACCAGAAAUCAGGGCUAGGUAGAUCCUUGGUGAAGCAGCAUAACCAAAUGGUCCAGCAGAACAAGGAAAAGGGCUAUUCCUACCAGAAGAAGGUUCUCGAAUCCUUCACAGAGAUCAGCGACAUCGACGCCAUCAUCGAACAAACAGAACACUCUCAACCUCUCUUUGACGCCACCCAUCACUCCCUCCCCAACCGCCUCAUCAAUCUGGAUUCGAACUCUGGCACUGUAAUGAAUGACAUGACACCUGAAGAAAUGAGGAAGCAACAGAAAAGGGAGGAGGCGCUGCAUGCUAGUAGUCUCCGUGUUCCACGUAGGCCACCAUGGAGUGCAGACAUGUCUGUUGAGGAGCUUGAUGAGAAUGAAAGACAUGCUUUCCUAAUUUGGCGUCGGAGUCUAGCAAGACUUGAGGAGAAUGAGAAGCUUGUCCUUACUCCAUUUGAGAAAAAUCUUGAUAUCUGGAGACAGCUCUGGCGGGUUGUCGAGCGCAGUGAUUUGCUUGUUAUGGUUGUUGAUUCACGAGAUCCACUGUUCUAUCGCUGUCCUGAUCUUGAGGCAUAUGCACAAGAGGUUGAUGAGCAUAAACACACAUUGCUCCUGGUUAAUAAAGCAGAUCUUUUACCAGCUUCUCUCAGAGAGUAUUGGGCAGAGUAUUUUCGUGCUCAUAAUAUUCUCUACAUCUUCUGGUCAGCUAAAGCUGCUUCAGCAUCUCUUGAAGAUAAAAGGUUUGGGUCAUCAUCAUUGGAAGCUGAUGACUCGGGGAGGAACAAUAACCUAGACACAAAGAUAUAUGACAGGGAUGAGCUUUUGGCACGAUUGCAGUCAGAGGCAGAAGAAAUAGUAGAGGUGAGGAGAAAUUCCAGCUCCUCUGGCGCAGGGCCAUCUAACAGUGAAUCUCCUGGUGAAAAUGCUACUGGUAGUUCGUCAUCAAGUAAUGUUGUUGUGGGAUUUGUUGGAUAUCCUAAUGUUGGCAAAAGUUCAACUAUUAAUGCUCUGGUUGGUAAAAAACGGACAGGUGUCACCUCGACUCCAGGGAAGACAAAGCACUUUCAAACUUUAAUUAUCUCUGACAAACUGACCCUCUGUGAUUGUCCUGGAUUAGUUUUCCCAUCUUUCUCAAGCUCAAGAUAUGAGAUGAUUGCUUGUGGAGUGUUGCCUAUAGAUAGGAUGACUGAACACAGGGAGGCUGUCCAAGUUGUAGCCGAUAGAGUCCCAAGACAUGUCAUUGAGGAGAUUUAUAAUAUCAAUCUGCCAAAACCUAAGCCAUAUGAGCCCCAAUCUCGACCCCCUCUGGCAUCUGAACUUUUGAGAGCAUAUUGUGCUUCUCGUGGGUAUGUUGCCUCCAGUGGACUGCCUGAUGAAACUAGAGCUGCCCGCCAGAUACUGAAAGAUUACAUUGAUGGGAAGCUGCCUCAUUAUGAAAUGCCCCCUGGAAUGUCAAAUGAGGAACUAGCUUUGGAAGGUCAAGUAGGUAAUGAGUCACUCAACUUGCAUGGCUUUGAUUCAUCUGGUACUGAAAACUCUACGGAUGUUUACAGUGAAGUUGCACCGGAUCUUGAGCAUGUAUUGGAUGACCUUAAUUCAUUUGACAUGGCUAAUGGGCUUGCUUCAAACAAAGUUACUAUCAAGGAGUCUAAUACAUCUCGUAAGCACCAUAAGAAUUAAGAAGCCUCAGAGGAAAAUAGACCGUUCUUGGAGAACAGGGAAUGAUGAUGCUGACGGGAUGCCAGUUGUAUGAUUCUUUCAGAAACCAGUAAACACAAACCAUGUUAAGGUUUAAAAUAUCAUGCCCUUCUGGUAUUCGUAUAACAGACAACGCCUGAUCUGAGACCCAGUAUGUACAUUGUUAAAUCUCAGAUUGAGUAAGUUACACUUUUUUGUUUGCAAUGCAGAAUUAGAAUACGUAGGCAAUCCUAAUGAUCUGAGACCCAUAUUUGUAAUAUAUUAUAUUUUUUUUGCAAAA